CCGCUGUCUCAGAUGAGCAUCUACCUCAGCUUCGGCCUGAGAAAGCAAGCAGCACAGCAGGUCUCUUGCAGAACUAGUACUGCAAACCAUGCUGCAAUCCAGGGCAUUGGUGUUAGCUCUGAUUCUGCUCCUUGGCACCACUCUCCCUGAAGUGCAGUCAAAGUCCAUCUUUGAGAGAGACCGUCGUGACUGGCUGGUCAUCCCUGAUGCAAUUGCAGCUUACAUCUACGAAACUGUGAGCAAGGUAUCUCCCAAAGCAGCCCGGUUCUUGGCAGAUGCUGCCCAAACUCAAGCAGUUGUUGCGACCAGGACCUUUCUCAUCAGAGAAACAACUAAACUCAGUAUACUGGCUGAACAGCUGGUGGAAAAAAUAAAGAACCUGUGGUACACAAAAGUCCUAGGCUACUAG